AUGACAUCUCUAUCAUGGAACCAAUUCGCUUUUGUCUACUCGAAUGUUGGUGAUACAGAAAAAUGUGAGGUUAUGAAGAGUGACAUUCAGGUGACUUUAAUCCUUUGCAUAUUUUCAAUUCAUCAGAUGGACAUAUACACAAAUUUAUCUGUGCCCACUUAA